AUGAAUACCAGCCUAGAAUUGCCGGUCCCGAUAUCGUAUAUCGCGGGUAACUACUUUGUCUUCUCAGUCGAUGCUGUUACGUUCUUGAGACGUGAGCAUCAUAUAUGUGGUGUCCUGGCAGGAACUCUACCGCAGGCGCCACAGCAAAAUGUUUUCACAGGUCUGCCGUUGGAGCUGAUGCCGGAAGAAGCAAGGCUCCUAGUGGAGAAGGGCGUAGCUUGCAUUGUAGAUGAGGUAAACUUCCAGAAACAAGGAAUGCAAUCUCUGGUUGAGGAAGACCGCAAGAAGUAUCUCAAAGAACUAGAAACGCAAGGCCUCGAGACUAUGCAGCUUCAGGUGCGCCGCAAAGAGAAAUUAAAGGAAGAGGCUAUGAAGAAGACAGCAGAGAAGAAAGCUGCAAAGGCAAAGAAGACUGAGCAGAAGCAGCCCGCCACUGAGGCUUCUGCUGAAGAUUCAGCUGUCGUUUCAUUGUUCGAUAAUAGCCAGUCGUCUAGUCCUAGUCAAGUAUCCUCCUCGCGUUCAUCGACAAUACCCGCCGCUGAAGCUAUGAGGAUCACUCCAGCAGUAUCCUACCCUCCUCUUCCUCAACAGCCGCCUGCAGAGCACCUCCUAUCACUACCUCAAGUGCCAUCCUCGUAUCCACUCUUCGCUCAUCUUCACUCCAACGGCUAUUUCCUAACUCCCGGGCUUCGAUUUGGGUGCCAGUACACGGCGUAUCCAGGUGAUCCGUUGCGAUUCCACUCCCACUUCUUGGUUGUUUCAACUGGUUGGGACGAGGAGCUAGACCUGAUGACAAUUAUCACUGGUGGUCGACUUGGCACAGGCGUUAAGAAAGGAUUCCUUAUCGGAGGAGCCGACAAAAACGCUGAAGAUUCCGGCGAUGCAGGCGCGAAUGUCAGAGCGUUCAGCAUCGAAUGGGCAGGGAUGUGA